CAUCUUGCAUUUCUCACACUAACCAAAGAAAGAAGAGAAAAUCCAUUUACAAAGAAAUGGCUGAAAUAUUUAGGCUAAUGUCUUUGGGGUGUUUAUUAUUUUUGUUGUUGAAUAAUGCAAUAUGUCAAGAAGAAGGAGGUGAAACAAGAAGUGCAAUGGUGCCAGCCAUGUUUAUAUUUGGAGACUCAUUGAUAGACAAUGGCAACAACAAUAACUUGCCUUCUUUUGCAAAGGCUAACUAUUUCCCUUAUGGCAUUGAUUUUAAUGGUGGCCCUACUGGUCGUUUCUCCAAUGGUCUCACCAUGGUUGAUGUUAUUGCUCAAUUGCUUGGACUACCCUUCAUUCCACCACACUCCCAGGCUUCUGGAGACCAAAUGCUAUUUGGAAUCAACUAUGCCUCUGCUGCUGCUGGCAUUCUUGAUAUUACUGGCAGAAACUUUGUAAGUCGCAUUCCAUUCAAUCAGCAAAUCACAAAUUUUGAGAGCACGUUGAACCAAAUGAGAAACAAUAUUGGAGCAGCAGAUGUGGCAGAGGCACUAGCCAAAUCUAUUUUCUUUGUGGGAUUGGGAAGCAAUGACUACCUUAAUAAUUACCUCAUGCCUAAUUAUAAUACAAAGAAUCAAUAUAAUCCUGAAGAAUAUGCCAAUCUCCUGUCUCAGCAGUACAAUCAACAGCUUAUAAGAUUAUAUAAUCUUGGAGCAAGAAAAUUUGUGAUUGGUGGAGUUGGACUAAUGGGGUGUAUUCCAAGCAUUCUUGCACAAAGUCAAAAUGGUGCAUGUUCAGAGGAAGUGAAUCAACUUGUUCUACCAUUCCAUAACAAUGUUAGAUCAAUGCUCAACAACCUAAAUACCAACCUCCCUGGCUUCAGAUUUUCUUACAUUGACAUCAGGAAUCUGUUCCAAGAUCUCCUUACUAAUUACAGACAAUAUGGUUUUAGUCAAGUAAAUCAGGGAUGCUGUGGGGUAGGGAGAAACAGAGGGCAAAUAACAUGUCUACCCUUCCAAACACCAUGUGCUAACAGGGAACAAUACAUAUUUUGGGAUGCAUUUCAUCCAACUGAGGCAGUUAACAUCUUGUUUGGAAGGAAGGCUUUCAGCGGUGGACCUGAUGUUGUUUAUCCAGUGAAUAUUCAGCAACUUGCCAGUCUUUGACCUUUCUUUUAAGUAGCUAUGGAAAAUCAUGGAAAGAAAUUGAAUUUGUUCAACUAAUUCCCACUUAUGUGUAGUGAGCUUGUGUGUGGGUAUCUGCAAGCAUUGAAUUGUGGAGAAUCAUGAGGCAGUUGCUGAUAUAUUUGCCUUAGAAUCUAUAAUUUUAUCAUUCUUCAAAA